AUGUCGACUAGUUAUGGACAAGUCAAGGAGGGAAAGCUAAAGCUGAAGAAGAAGAGCAUGUAAGUCCUUGUAAUUCCAGUUUCUAUAAGUUUUAUCUUGUAGAUUCAAAGCUGACAAGACGAAGAAAACAAAGAAGAAGAACGACGAGGAGGCUGGAGGAAGUCAGACAGAUCCCGAUCAACUUGAACAUGGUUAGUUUGCUGAUUUUUAACAUUUUUAUUUUUUAGGUAAUGAAGCUCCAAGGUUAUAACAUUUCUAGUCGUGGAAUGUUUUCUUUCUACUCUGUUGACCAUGUUAGCAGUGAUACCUCAGAACUCUUGUUCUGGUUUAAUUUGAAUUAUCGUUGAUAGUUGCACUAAGAAAUCUUGUUUGACUGUGCGAGUCACCCAUAACCUUUUUAUUUUUUCUGAUAUAGUCUACUUAAUCUUUUUCCAGGUGGAUGGUGGAGAAUCACGGAUGAGACCAACUUCCGAGGAGGUAUUGAACUUGCUCUCGAAGCCGGCGAUUUCUCCAAUUGUUAUCUGGCUGCCCAAGACAAUGGCUACUUCACGCUUGGACCGAAACACUUUAAUGAACUUGAGCCUCAUCCAGAAGAAGUUUUAUCAUUAAUAAAAGCUCCAGACGAUGAGAAAUUUAGUUUGAAAACUGGAUUUGGACGAUAUUUGGGAGUGGAAACUGAUGGGCGAUUAGCGGCAACCGCUGAAGCUGUUGGACCGAGAGAGCGAUUUGAAGUGGUAUUUCAAGAUGUAAGCUUGAUAUUGGUGAAAGUGGCAUUAUUCUAUUCAAUUUCAGAACAAGUCAGCGAUCCAAUGUUCAGCCAGCAACAUGUUCAUCUCAUGGGAGCCAGAUAAAGAUGGAAAUGUGUAUGCGUCAAGCAAGACGGCGGGUCCAAAGCAAUUUUUAAAUGUGAGUUGGCUGUUUUUCUUCUUGUUUGUUUCUGAAUUUAGGAAUUCUAAAGUGUUUGUGAAGCUCUAGGAACAUUUUUCCGCAUAUGAUACCUAAGUUUUGCAGAUCCGUACAAAUGCCGCGAAAAAGGUUGCAGCAGACUUUACAGCGGCUGAAGAUUUGUUGGAAAGUGGUCAAUGCGAAGACUCAUAUGUCAAAAUGUAUCAACACUCCAAAGUUGACCUAAAAAAUAAGCACAUUUCCAUCAAUCUCCAGGAUAAAUCAUCAAUCAAAAAGGCCAAGAAGACCGGGAAUUUGCAUGAAACCCUGCUUGAUCGACGUGCCAAACUCAAAUCUGACAAGUAUUGUUAA